UUGAUGGACUGUAAAUUAAUAGUAAGCCACAAUCAAUUUUAAUUAAAUCUGGUACAUUUCGAAUUCUAAGCAGGAGGCCUUUUUAUCUGAAGAACCAAAUCUUUAUUGAUAGUUUGCGACGAAAGCUACAAUAAUAUGUUUUUAAAAUUGUCAGUAAAAACUAAAAGACACAUAGCAUUCCCCUCCCAGUCAAAAACAUUGCUCACAAAGGUUAGGCAAAUCAAAAAACAACCAAAAUCCGAAUGCACCGUGCAUUAGGAAGUACGGCGAUCAUCUGGAGGAAUGCCGGUUUGUGAUGACCACUACAUUGACGAGUGUCAUGACCUGCCAGAAGGACGCUUGCCGCGUUGGUGGUUCGGCGGCUUCUCAUCGGUCUGUGUUGCCUUUGCGGUGGCGCCAAUUGAUAUCGUAAAGACACACAUGCAGAUCCAAAAGCACAAGAGAACCAUUUUAGGCACGACCCAAAGGAUAUACAUGCUGAGGGGAUUUUUGGGUUUUUAUGACGGCUUUUCCGCUGCCAUCCUGAGACAGAUGACCAGCACCAAUAUCCAUUUCAUAGUGUAUGAAGCUGGCAAACAGAUGGAGUACGUCAAGGAGCAUUCUUAUCUUGGGAAGAUUAUUUUGGGCUGCGCGGCGGGAAUGUGUGGUGCCGCCUCUGGAAUUCCAACCGAUCUUCUCAACGUGCGGAUGCAGACUGACAUGAAGGAGCCGCCGGACAAGCGACGCAACUAUAAGAGCGUCUUCGAUGGCCUAGUUCGGAUUCCCAAGGAGGAGGGCUGGAGGGCAUUGUACAAGGGUGGAUCGGUGGCUGCUUUGAAGACAACUAUAGGCACUUGCAGCCAGAUUGCCCUAUACGACAUUAUUAAAACCGAAGUUCGAGAAAAUACUUCUGUGAAUGACGGCGUCCCCCUGCACUUUCUCACCUCGUUGGUAACAUCGAUCAUUUCGUCUACGCUCACUCAUCCCUUGGACGUGGUAAAGACCAUUAUGAUGAACUCCAGACCAGGCGAAUUUCCCACCCUCUUCCACGCGUCCAUUUACAUGAUGCGCUUCGGCUUCAUGGGACCCUUCCGAGGAUUGGUACCCACGAUAGUGCGAAAGGCACCAGCCACCACUUUACUAUUUGUUUUGUACGAACAGCUGAGGCUCCAUUUCGGAAUUUGCUCUCUGGGAGGGGAUAAAUUCAACGGGUAAAUGGGUAUAUAAUUAGAACUUAAGGAAAACUUACAAAAUUUAUAAAAAUAACAUUUG